UAACCCAUUGUAUUAAACCCUAACCCAGUAUAUUAAACCCUAACCCAGUGUAUUAAACCCUAACCCAGUGUAUUAAACCCUAACCCAGUGUAUUAAACCUUAACCCAGUGUGUUAAACUAUAACCCUGCUCUCUCUCUCUCCCCCUAGUGGCCCUGUAUGCCAUCAGCGCUGUCUACUUUGCUGGAGUGAUGGUCCGUCUGAUGUUGACCCUGACCCCCGUAGUGUGCAUGCUGUCAGCUAUAGCCUUCUCCAGCGUGUUUGAACACUACCUAGGGGACGACAUGAAGAGGGAGAGUCCUCCCAUAGAGGACAGUAGUGAUGAGGAUGACAAGAAGAACUCUGGAAACCUCUAUGAUAAGGCUGGGAGGGUCCGUAAGCACGUCUCAGAGCAGGAGAAGACAGAGGAAGGUCUGGGACCCAACAUUAAGAGUAUCGUCACCAUGUUGAUGCUGAUGCUGCUCAUGAUGUUCGCUGUCCACUGCACCUGGGUUACCAGUAACGCCUACUCCAGCCCUAGUGUUGUACUGGCCUCUUAUAACAACGAUGGGUCGAGGAAUAUUCUAGAUGAUUUCCGCGAGGCCUACUAUUGGCUAAGGCAGAACACAGAGGAGCAGGCCAGAGUGAUGUCGUGGUGGGACUACGGCUAUCAGAUAGCAGGGAUGGCCAAUCGGACCACGCUAGUGGACAACAACACCUGGAACAACAGUCAUAUAGCGCUGGUGGGCAAGGCCAUGUCGUCCAAUGAGAGUGCAGCGUAUGAGAUCAUGAAGUCUUUGGACGUGGACUACGUGCUUAUUAUCUUCGGAGGUGUGAUUGGCUACUCUGGUGAUGACAUCAACAAGUUCCUGUGGAUGGUGCGGAUCGCAGAGGGAGAGCAUCCCAAAGAGAUCAGGGUGAGGAGGACUUUAGUGUAGUGGUGAGGUGAUGCUUCCACUGUUAGCUACAGAGAGAGAGAGCAUCCCAAAGAGAUCAGGGUGAGGAGGACUUUAGUGUAGUGGUGAGGUGAUGCUUCCACUGUUAGCUACAGAGAGAUAGAGCAUCCCAAAGAGAUCAGGGUGAGGAGGACUUUAGUGUCGUGGUGAGGUGAUGCUUCCACUGUUAGCUACAGAGGGAGAGCAUCCCAAAGAGAUCAGGGUGAGGAGGACUUUAGUGUCGUGGUGAGGUGAUGCUUCCACUGUUAGCUACAGAGAGAUAGAGCAUCCCAAAGAGAUCAGGGUGAGGAGGACUUUAGUGUAGUGGUGAGGUGAUGCUUCCACUGUUAGCUACAGAGGGAGAGCAUCCCAAAGAGAUCAGGGUGAGGAGGACUUUAGUGUCGUGGUGAGGUGAUGCUUCCACUGUUAGCUACAGAGGGAGAGCAUCCCAAAGAGAUCAGGGUGAGAGACAGCAGCCUUUAAACCAUCAUGUUUUAAAAAAAACACAAGUAUUGGUGAGCUGUAACUACCACUGAGAGCUAUAGAAGCAUCGCAGAGUGAGGUAAACUGAGAGCUAUAGAAGGAUCGCAGGGUGAGGUAAACUGUGAGGUAUAUAAGGAUCGCAGAGUGAGGUGAGGUAAACUGAGAGCUAUAGAAGGAUGGCAGGGUGAGGUAAACUGUGAGGUAUAGAAGGAUCGAGGGGUGAGGUAGACUGAGCUAUAUAAAGAUCGAAGGGUGAGGUAAACUGAGCUAUAGAAGGAUCGCAGGGUGAGGUGAGGUAAACUGAGUUUUAGAAGGAUCACAGGGUGAGGUAAACUGAGAGCUAUAGAAGCAUCGCAGGGUGAGGUAAACUGAGCUCUAGAAGGAUCGCAGGGGGAGGUGAGGUAAACUGAGCUUUAGAAGGAUCGCAGAGUGAGGUAAACUGAGAGCUAUAGAAGCAUCGCAGGGUGAGGUGAGGUAAACAGAGCUAUAGAAGGAUUGCAGAGUGAGGUGAGGUAAACUGAGAGCUAUAGAAGGAUCGCAGAGUGAGGUGAGGUAAACUGAGAGCUAUAGAAGGAUUGCAGAGUGAGGUGAGGUAAACUGAGAGCUAUAGAAGGAUCGCAGGGUGAGGUAAACUGAGAGCUAUAGAAGGAUCGCAGGGUGAGGUAAACUGAGCUCUAGAAGGAUCGCAGGGGGAGGUGAGGUAAACUGAGCUUUAGAAGGAUCGCAGAGUGAGGUGAGGUAAACUGAGAGCUAUAGAAGGAUUGCAGAGUGAGGUGAGGUAAACUGAGAGCUAUAGAAGGAUUGCAGGGUGAGGUAAACUGAGAGCUAUAGAAGGAUCGUAGGGUGAGAUGAGGUAAACUGAGAGCUAUAGAAGGAUCGCAGGGUGAGGUAAACUGAGAGCUAUAGAAGGAUCGCAGGGUGAGGUAAACUGAGAGCUAUAGAAGGAUCGCAGGGUGAGGUAAACAGAGCUAUAUAAGGAUCGCAGAGUGAGGUGAGGUAAACUGAGAGCUAUAGAAGGAUCGCAGGGUGAGGUAAACUGUGAGGUAUAUAAGGAUCGCAGGGUGAGGUGAGGUAAACUGAGAGCUAUAGAAGGAUCGCAGGGUGAGGUAAACUGAGCUAUAGAAGGAUUGCAGGGUGAGGUGAGGUAAAUAGAGCUAUAUAAGGAUCGCAGUGAGGUGAGGUAAACUGAGAGCUAUAGAAGGAUCGCAGAGUGAGGUAAACUGUGAGCUAUAGAAGGAUCGCAGGGUGAGGUGAGGUAAACUGAGCUCUAGAAGGAUCACAGGGUGAGGUAAACUGAGCUCUAGAAGGAUCGCAGGGUGAGGUGAGGUAAACUGAGCUCUAGAAGGAUCGCAGGGUGAGGUGAGGUAAACUGAGCUCUAUAAGGAUCGCAGGGUGAGGUGAGGUAAACUGAGCUCUAGAAGGAUCGCAGGGUGAGGUGAGGUAAACUGAGCUCUAGAAGGAUCGCAGGGUGAGGUGAGGUAAACUGAGCUCUAGAAGGAUCGCAGGGUGAGGUGAGGUAAACUGAGCUCUAGAAGGAUCACAGGGUGAGGUGAGGUAAACUGAGCUCUAGAAGGAUCGCAGGGUGAGGUGAGGUAAACUGAGCUCUAGAAGGAUCGCAGGGUGAGGUGAGGUAAACUGAGCUCUAGAAGGAUCGCAGGGUGAGGUGAGGUAAACUGAGCUCUAGAAGGAUCACAGGGUGAGGUGAGGUAAACUGAGCUCUAGAAGGAUCGCAGGGCAGGGUGAGGUAAACUGAGCUCUAGAAGGAUCGCAGGGUGAGGUGAGGUAAACUGAGAGCUAUAGAAGGAUUGCAGGACAGGGUGAGGUGAGGUUAUACCAACUACUUGGAAAGUUGGCCACCUACAUAUGAUGUGAAGUCAUAGAAUAUGAUUCCAUUUCUAUGGCUGUCUUCUUGUCAGUAGCUUUGUCCAGAUGUAGUGCAUAAAGACCAUGUUAAAUACCUUGUCUUCUUGUCAGUAGCUUUGUCCCGAUGUAGUGCAUAAAGACCAUGUUAAAUACCUUGUCUUCUUGUCAGUAGCUUUGUCCCGAUGUAGUGCAUAAAGACCAUGUUAAAUACCUUGUCUUCUUGUCAGUAGCUUUGUCCCGAUGUAGUGCAUAAAGACCAUGUUAAAUACCUUGUCUUCUUGUCAGUAGCUUUGUCCCGAUGUCGUGCAUAAAGACCAUGUUAAAUA